UGUGUUACACGGAGCGGCCCAGAGCAGCCGCGUUCAAAGAUGUUAGGUGCAAUGAUGUACCCCGGUACCGAGGAUCCAACGCUGGAAGACAUGCGCGUACCACCGAUUCAACUCGAGCACCUGCCUGAGGUGUUCCUAUCCAGUAUUCCAAAAUGUGGCGGUUGUCACGAGAUGAUAGUGGAUCGGUACGUGCUGAAGGUGUCGGACCGGACGUGGCACGCCGGCUGCUUGCGCUGUGUCGAAUGCCGCGCGUUGUUAACUGGAAAGUGCUUUGCGAGGAACAAUCAGCUGUACUGUACCGAGGACUUCUUCAAUCCCAGGCGUUUCGGAACCAAAUGCAGUGGUUGCGGGCAGGGCAUACCGCCGACUCAGGUCGUACGUCGCGCGCAAUCUCACGUCUACCACCUGAGGUGUUUCGCCUGUGCCGCCUGCGCACGUACCCUGAACACAGGAGACGAGUUCUACCUUAUGGAGGACGGGAAGCUUGUCUGUAAACCGGAUUACGAAGCUGCCAGAGCUAAAGAUAUACCAAACGCAGGUGGGGAUGGCUCGCUCGACGGUGACGCGGCAAGCAAGAGGCCCAGGACUACGAUUACGGCCAAACAAUUGGAGACUCUGAAAAGUGCAUACAGCAGUAGUCCGAAACCAGCGAGACACGUGCGGGAGCAGCUCGCACACGACACGGGUCUGGACAUGCGGGUCGUACAAGUUUGGUUCCAGAACAGAAGAGCAAAAGAAAAGCGUUUGAAGAAAGACGCCGGUCGCACGAGAUGGUCCCAAUACUUCAGGUCGAUGAAAAGCGGAGGUGGGUCACCGAGACACGAUCGACUACUAGACAAGGACGAACUAAAAAUUGAUUUGGAUUCGUUCAGUCAUCACGAUUUGAGUAACGAUAGCUACAGUACAGUAGCGCUCGGUGCUGAAGAAGGGUCCCCAGCCGGUGGCGGCGGGGCAGGCGCGGCGAGUGCUCGCUUCUCUGCGACGCCGCCAUAUUUACGAGGGCAUUCUCCACCGCAUCCCCACUACCAUUACCCACCAGAUCACCUCGUUUAUACCAACAUCGGUCAAGCAAUGAGCGGUGCAGGUAUCGGAACGGGCGCGGGUGGUGCUUCUGAUCUGAGUAGUUCGUCUUCACCGGCGGCGGGUGGGUAUCCGGACUUCCCGCCGUCACCGGACUCGUGGCUGGGCGAGGCACACCACUAUUCCCCGCGUGGCUUCCCCUAACGGCGGCCUCCGCCGGCGCACGCGCACCCAGCGCCCCCGCCGACAGCCGCGCCGCACACCCUCCCGCCACUCCUCGCCCCUUACCCCAUACCACACGUACAACCGCUGGAGCUUGUGGUCAAACGGGAACUUUGAAUACGAGUUGUCACUUUCCUAAACUAGGCGCUAAUUGGUGCGCCGAGUGAACUUUUAAUUGAGUGACUAAUUCAGACAGUGUGAAUUAAAUGUAAUUUUGUGAAGUGCAUUAACGUCAAACGAUGUCGCUCUAAGAAUAACGUAGGCUAUUCAGUACAAUUGAAUUAUCAUCACCUGAAAAACGUGCAAAAUCAUAAGCGAACACGACGGUUUAUUGUUAUUUAAAUAUUACUAUGUAAUUAGUUACACCUGUUUAUAUCAAACAUGUUACAUGUGAAUACUUAUAUGUAAUUAGUUGUAUGUAUAUUAUUAAUGUAAUAAUAUUUUGUAAAACUUAAUAUACACUAUUUAUC